UCCGACCACAGAGACCAACAUGCUUAUCAAGAAGCUGAUUCACAUAUUCGACAAUUCAACAUUUCCGGGCGACUAUUUCGACACGUCACCCCUGGACUGGUCCUAGCUCCACCGAAAUAUGGGUUCAGUCGCUCAUAUAUGCAAGUCUAUCCGCGAGCCUUCUAGCAGCACUUGGAGCAAUGCUGGGCAAGCAAUGGCUCAACCAUUUCAAACACUUUGGUCACGGAACGGUUUGAUGGUCGUGGAAGGCAACGGCAACGGAAGCUUGAUGCUUUAUAUGCCUGGCAUUUCAACGCUGUUCUGGAAGGUCUCCCCGUCCUGUUGCAGUUGUCCUUGCUGUUGUUUGGGGUUGCGCUCGGUGCAAAUCUAUGGACAGAACAAACACAUUGUCGCCUGCAUUGUCAUUGGCACAACGACAUUUGGGGCCGUUUUCUAUGCGCUAAUUGUUGUUGCCGCAUUGAUAUCUGAUGUGUGUCCAUUCCAAACACCGGCAUCUAAUCGACUUCGCAGCAUCGGUCAGUGCGUUGUCCGCUUCCACAACCUUCUUCAGAAGGGAAAUCAGACCAUCUUUUCAUCACUCUUGCGCUUCGUCAGCUAUAUCCCUUAUAUCACAAUAACUUUACUCCACUCAUUCGCAUCAUGCAUUUCUCGCCGGCUUUCUUCACAAUACGCCAUCGAAAAUACGGAUGCCCCUUGUAUCCGAUGGUUGCUUGAGACCUCCGAUGACCCAAAUGUGAUUACCACUGCUGCCAGCUGGUUCCUGAGGUCGAGUGGCCACCAGAUUUGGAUGUAUCUUGCGCCUUGCUCAGGCUGCGAGACACUUUCCUGGAUUGCUUCGAGAACACACAGUAUGGUCAACCGAAACUUUCUGACUUUGGCCGAGAUUGUGCGAUUGCAUGUGGAAAGGCCUUCUUGCAUCUCUACAUCGAAAGACGGUCAUUGGAUGCCAGACCCGUCUUUCUGCGUGCCACUCAUGAUCCAGAAUUCGCACUUACCAGCUCCUCUCGUCUGCAUGAUGCCCAUUGGCUAAUGUGGACUCGUCAAAAUGACCCCGAACUCUCUUUCAUCUGCGACCUUAUUCUCGAGAUAGUACUGGAUGUUGGCGUCAGCAUACCCAUUUCGCUUGGAAACCCGAAAAUUCCGAAUACCCUUCUGAUGUGGAUGUCUCAUCCCCUACUUCACUGUCUCAGCGCAAACCAGUAUGCAAGGUUUUGGAGGCGGCGUGCGUUGGAUGUAGUAGAGAGGCUGCUUGUGUCGCCCUUACCUCCGACGAAUGUCUUAGCGAACUGCCUUAUGGCGGGCAGGUUUGCUUUUGGAUCAAUCCGUUGAUCCAAAUCAACUGACCAGCACAAAACAAGGGGUCAUCGAUCAAAACACUGCUUGUAAUCUGUCCUCGAGAGCAUGCAGCAAGCCAUCGGUAUCGACAUCCAUCUAGAGCUACGCGACCGGCUCG